GAGGCCGAACACGUGAAAGGUUUCUCAAAAUCUUUUGUUUCCUUUUUUUUUCGCGUUUAAAAUCCCCUAAUUUCUUUCUCCCUCCCCCCCAUAGUUUGAAAUGGCUCGUAUUUCGUCUGAUGCGUGUGAAAAUGAUGAAAGUGAUGUGAAUGGAGCCUCAGAGAUGAUGGACCUGCUUCAGAUGGACUUUGAUCCUGAAGCAGUGAAAGAGAGAGAAGAAACACUGCUCUCAAGGAACGCGCUGAGAAAGCAGCAGCGCUGGGAGAAGUGUUUGGCUGCCAAGAAGAGCCGCAGAAAAGAAGAGAAGCAUAGGAGGAAGCUGCAGCGCCAUCAGCCACCAGCCGCUGCACACGCCAUGGAGAGUCCUCACUUUACCAAACGGGUGACGAAGGCGAUGGCUAAGGAGCGUUUGGCCGAAGCUCAGUCCACCGGGGUUCAAGUCUGUGUUGACCUGGGCAUGGCAGACUGCAUGUCUGACAAGGAGGUGAGCCGGCUGGCCGGUCAGCUCAGGAGGCUGUACGGCUCCAACAGGAAGGCCACUCGGCCUUUUCACCUGAUCCUAAGCGACCUGAGAAAGGACAGUCGACUCUACAGAGAGUGCCUUCGAAUGAACGACGGCUUCAUGGACUACGUGAUGGAGGUAACAGAUCAGAGUUGUCUGGACCUGUUUCCUCUUCAGACCCUCGUCUACCUCAGUCCAGACGCUGAAGAAGUCUUAGAAACUGUAAAUCACGACAAAGUCUACGUGCUCGGCGGCCUUGUGGAUGAGAGCAUCCAGGAGAAGCUGAGUUUGUCGAGGGCCGGAGAGCUGGGCGUGGCCUCGGCCAGGCUGCCCAUCGAUGAGUACAUGGUGAAGAAAAACAACAGCAAGAACUUCCACUCCAAAGUCCUGGCGGUGAAUCAGGUCUUCGACAUCCUGUUGACCUUCUGUGAGAGCGGCAGCUGGACAAGAGCCCUGCAGGCGGGCGUUCCCCUGGGAAAAGGUUACAUCGUGGCACCAGGUGCUUUGAGAACGCCUGAUGUGACAGAUUGACAGCACGGGAAUGGCUUCAUCGCUCAGGUGUCACGCCUUCAUGCCGGUGCACUUUUCAGUCACUGCUUGGUUGUUGUUUUUGGUGUCUGCGUGGUGAACUCAACUGGAAAGUAUAACAUGGUUUGAUUUUAUCGCCAUGCAGCUCAUGUUCCAUGUAAUAGGUGUUCUGAAAACUCAGUACUCCUCUCGCCAAACAAGCACUCAGAUUUGUUGCGGCUGCAGAGAUUUAUUGAGGUCAGAGCAGGACAGUGUAUUUAAACGCCAUGAAAGACUUCCAACAGGACAGGAAACUCAACAUUUCAAUUCAAUUCAAGUUUAUUGAUAUAGCACAUUUAAACACAGCUGCAGCUGACCAAAGUGCUUCACAAUAACAGCAAAACAAUAACUGUAAAAUAUUAACAAAGGAAAAGAAUAACAAAUCUAAAAAUAGCAGAGCAAAGCGUACACCACUUAGCCAGUGUUGAAAGCCAGGGAGAUGAGUUUUCAGUCUGGACUUAAACUGUCCCACAGACUCUGAGGACCUGACAGUCAGUGUAAGAUUGUUCCGGAGUCGUGGCACUGCCACAGAAAAGGCUCUAUCACCUCUGGAUUUAAGCCUGGCUUUAGGAACAGCCAGGAGAAGCUGGUGACCUUAGAGCCCUAUGUGGAGUGUACGGCUGCAAGAGCUCACUCAGAUACAUCGGGCCUAUACAGUGCAGACACUUAAAAACAAUCAUCAAAACUUUAUAUUUAACACGAAUGCCGACAGGGUGCCAGUGUAAGGUGCAGAGCACAGGGGCGAUGUGCUCAUGCUUUGUUUAAUCAAAAGGCGGGCUGCAGCAUUCUGUACACUCUGCCGGGAGCGCUGGUCCAACCAACGUACAGAGCAUUACAACAAUCCAGACAUGAUGUUAUACAUGCAUGGAGAGCUCUUUCAAAAUCAACUCGAGUAAAAUACAAUUUAAUUUUAGAGAGAGUCCUCAGCUGAAAGAAGCUGGCCCUGAUGACAGAGCUGAUGUGCUUAUCAAAUCUGAACAAUGGGUCAACUAUCACCCCUAGAUUUUUUUACAAAAGGGCGGCAGAAAGUGGACAGAGGACCAAUAACACUGUCUUGUCCUUGUAGAGGGUCACUUUGCCUGAACACUAAAAUCUCAGUUUUAUUACAUUUAGUGUUAAAACAUUUUUAUACAAACAUUCUGAUGUAUAUAUUUUUCUAGUAAUAAUAUAAAUGAAUGAGGAUGUUAAAGGGGUCAUUUUAUACAACAUUUCAUCACACUCAUACGGGUCACCGGGUCUCUGGAAAACAGUUGUAGGU